GCUAUAUCUACACAGCAUCUUUAAAACCUACACCAUUCCCUGAUAAGUUACCCAACUUGCUUCAUUUUCCCCGCUAUGGCUGAGAUAUAUUAAGGAUAACCAAUAUUAUUCCACCUCUUCAAAAGCUGCUGCGUUGCUCGCCUGGCCUGAAGCUCUGUUGUUGUUACACGCAUGGUGAGCUCGGGACAUAUAGAAACGGCCAUAUCUUCUGAUCUUCGCUUGCUUGCUUGAAACAAAAGCGGACAGAUAGAUCAUGUCUCCAGCUUACUUCGAAACUCAGGAGGACUUGCAAUUCUGUCGGCAAUCUACCCGCGGAAUGAGCUACCCAGUUUCUCACUCACUGCGAGGUGAUGUUCAACAUGAGCUCGGGGGCGGUUAUAGUAAUCGAAUAUGCUCGACAACAGAACCAGGGGUUAACGGCGGCGGUACAACUACUCGCCGACGUAUCCCGGUUGCUUGCGGCCGAUGUCGACGAAGAAAGAUCAAAUGUAGCGGGGACAUUGGCAACGGCCAGUGUACUAACUGUCGGAACGCAGGAACACAAAGUUGCCAGUUUUUGCGGGUCAGUUCAUUCAACACCCAUGCCAAACCAUACUAUGGCUGCUCCUGGCCAUAUCCCGGAGCGGGUCCAACGAGUGGCUCCUAUGUCAACGGCGGUGGGUAUGAGACACAGGCUAGCAGCAGAACAAGCUCUGUCUCGAUUCACUCGGUGACUCCAACUUUCCCGCCGUAUUCAAAGCCUCAAUGUACUUAUGAUCAAGGAACUCAGUUUGCCCCGGUUUCCAGGAGCCCCUUUGUACCCGCAUUCCAAAUCAACUACGAGGGUGAUUCCCAAUCGUAUAGUAUCCCAUCUCCGCAAUAUAUGCUCCCUAGCACGGAUUCCACGGGAGGUUCCAGCUAUUCUUCGUACAUAGGAAGCCCUCGGGCUUCUCAAGUGGGAAAGAUCCGGAAUGAAGAUAUAUACCAUGAGCAAGAUGGCCAUCCUGCCCUUGGAUCUAAUUACAGCUACAUGACACAUACCCAGCAUCCAGUCUCCGUAUCAUCCGACCUUCCUUCCGCCCUCCCACUUCUCAGCGCAAUCUCAUCAUCGUCGUCGGUGCCUGACAGGAUAUUACCAAACCCCGCAUCGAGUCGUAAUGGCCGUGACAACGGAAGCACGGUGGGAGCCCAUUCGGCAGAGCCUUCGCUUCCUUCCUCCUGCGGAACUGGCCCAGGAUUAAAUGCCAGAUCCUCAGGGCACUUGGCUCCGGAUGGAUUGUCGUCCAGCAACCAGCAGAGCACGAUGAAGACAACGCCGACUACCAUAGCCAAUGGUGCAGAUUCGCCAAGUACCAGCAAGCCCCUGAUCGGGCACACUGAUAUGGGAUUCGGGUAUGUCAUGUCCAGCAACUCCGCGGUAGCAACAAUGCGCCCAACAACAACAUUCUCAGGAGUAGAGCCGGUUGAAGGGUUCCACUCCUCUGCGGAGAAUGCUCUGAAUGGACGAUCCCGCCGGGGCAGUGACUUUCGACAGCAAUCCAGCUACGGAGCGCAGGCCUACGGCCAUAGCACGGUGCUGCCCGCACACAGCUCAUCAAGCACUUUGUCAAAUGGACAGGAGUACAUCCGUCUUCCACCCUUCGAGCCGUCGGCAUCUAGGUGCUCAGACAUCCCAGUGAACCCGACGUCUAAUCUCCCAGCUCACAAAACGGAUAACUUUGAGGGCUAACGAAAUUCACGUAUUCAUUGUUUCUUUCUUUCUUUCUUUCUGUUAUUUUUAAUAUUUGGGUUUAUUAUUGCUACCGGCGUUGAUUUCAUCUGUCAACGACAAUGAACGAGUCUCCUUGGGAUCAGGUUAAACGCCUGCGUACGUCUGCGCCGAAUAUCAGAUUAUACUGGAAUUGGUAGGGGGUUGGAAGUGUUUUUUGUUAUGAUUCCUACACGGAUCUCCUAUUUUGUCUAGAAUUGCCAAGAUAUGUCUCUCUUAUGUUAAAGACAACGGUUGGGGUUUAUUUCUUUUAAUAUUUUUGUUAAUUGUUUUCUAUUGUGCAUUACAUGCACAGCAUCGUGUUAUAGGAUAGAUAGACAGCUUGUUUUUAUGGAAGCGGUGGUGUCUUCUCGUUUCUCUUCUUGGCAAGCGGAUUAAGAUUGUGUGUUUUAAACCGUCCCUACCUGUAUUAUGUCUCCCCUUUGUCCCAUCUCGUCUGUUUAUUUCCCCCAUCCCUUGUUACACCGGCGUUGGUACCGAUUUUGGGUAUCAAGGGGUAUGUAAGGAAAAGUAUAGGUGCGGAUGAGUACUGUACUUGGUGGGUAGAGUGUGUUGUGGUCAAUUAGUUGAACUUUUUGUCCUGGAUCCCCAGCUGCUGAUUCGGAGAUUUUCCCGUCACUAUCACCAACCCCCUUGUGAUAAGAGUAACAUAUGAUAAGAAUGGUUGUCAGUGCCGAGGUUUCACGAUUUUGCUGUGGGGUAAGAUAAACCGUAUAUGCAGAAGCAGAUGACAGAAUCACCUAAAACAAGGAGCGCGCGAGUCC